ACUUGAAGCGGGUGGACCGGUUAUCACUUAAACCACGGAGACGAGUGCAGCGCAUACUUGAUACUGCACAGAAAGAAGCAGGGCCCUCUAAACCUACUUUCUCACAGAUUCAUCAUCUUCUGGAACGGUGAAAAUCUUAUCAGCUUGUAGGGUUUAUCACAUCACCCCCAUGAUUUCUUCAUUUUAAUCAAAUCAAUUUUCUCAACAGAGAGAAGAACAAUGGCAGCAGGGCAAGAGAAUGUUAAGCACCUUGAGGAGUGCUCGGUUGCCAACGCACUAGGUACAUGGGUUUUCUCAGUUGCAGGAGCUUUGCUUGCGAUUCCAGUUGGGAUAAAACGAAAAUCAUUUGGACCUCUUGUGUUCUUUGGUACAACAGGUACAAUGCUUGAUAUUAUAAUGGGGAUUACUCAGUGUGAAAGAGAACACGCAGAACGCCAGGCAAAGCUACUAGAAGCCCAGAAUUCUGCUGGGGAUGCAUCAUUUACAGUAACAGGAUCUGAGUCUUGAUCUCGAGCUUACACAGUCGUGUACCUCAUGGUUCAACUUGCUUGCCAUCAGAACCUAAUGCUCACACAGAUGGUGGAUUGGCUUCUCCUUUUUGUUACUUUGUGGUGAUUCUGUAUUCUGCUUCUUACAGUCCUGUUUUUCACUUUAAAAUAGUUGAUAAUGAUGUAACUUCAUAUUUUGAUCUGCCAAGACUUCAUUUUUCAUAAAAAGAAGGUUUUUCAAGAA